CGACCGGCCGCUGCCCCCGGAAGCCGCCUUUCGCUCCGGCCUCUGCCAUGGCCCGCAAGAAGAAGAACAAGAAGGACCGCGACGGGAGCCAAGGCCGCCUCGUGCUCACCUUCGACGAGGAGAAGCGGCGGGACUACCUGACGGGCUUCCACAAGCGGAAGGUGGAGAGGAGGAAGGUGGCCCUGGAGGAGAUCCGCAAGAAGCUGAAGGAGGAGCAGCGGAAGCUCCGGGACGAGCGCCACAAGGAGUAUCUGAAGAUGCUGAAAGAUCGGGAAGCGGCUUUGGAAGAGGCCGAUGAGCUGGACCAGCUCGUGACCUCCAAGACCCAGUGUGUGCAGUAUGACCACCCCAACCACACAGUGACAGUGACCACCAUCAGCGACCUGGAUCUCUCAGGGGCCCGGCGCCUGGGGCUGCCCCCACCUGGAGGAGAAGGGGACCCUGAAGCAGAGGGAGCAGAGGCCUUCGCAGAUGGACCCAUCACUGCUUUGCCCAAGAAGUCUCGGAGCCCCUUCCUGUCUCAGAGGAUCUCCUCUCUCACAGCCUCCCUCCACGCACGAAGCCAGAAGAGGGCCAAGAAGAAACGCCCGCGUCCACACCGCAGCCUCGAGUCCAAGAAGCCACCCAGCGCCACAAGGACCAGCAAGACUCACCGCCGCAGGAUGACCGGCAGGGCUGGGAACAGGAGAGACGGGAGCCCAGGGUAGCUUCGGGGCUUUUCCCCCAUGACCUCUCCUUGUUGCUCCCUCCUCAAGACUGGACUCUUCUGUCUACCGUCCUGCUUUUGCCACCCGAUUUUGUGCCUUCCCAGCUAAGGAGGCCUGGGUUCAAGUGCCCACACCCUGGGGCCGGACUUUGGGGGCCUUGAAUUGGACCCUUGCAUAGAAACCUCAGUAUUGUUCACCCUGCCUGUGCCCACGACUUCUUUGGUCAAUCUGGGUAAUGUGACCCUGGUGAAAGCAGUCUGUGGGCAGGGCAGAGCUGCCAACUGUGCCCUAGCCUCUGAGAAGCCCCACACCCACUUCCGGCUUCUCCUUUGAGUGUAACUGUGGCCCCUAAAGAGUGUUGACUGACAGCCCCUUCCAGACAGGGGUGGGCCAGGCCUUGGGACCAGUAGAGGGGGAUCUGCCCACUUGAUGCCAAGUGACCUGGGGGCAGGUGCUGCCUCCUUUCCUCCUCUGUGAUUGGAUGAUCAACUCAGGCCUGUCCAGCCACAGGAGAAGCUGCUGUGGUCCGUGCCCCUCCCUAGCAUUUGGUAAUUUUUAGAGGGUAUGACCAGAGAGCCAGUGAACAUUUAUUAAUCACUUCCUGUAUGCCCCAUAGAUGGGGCGCAUUCCCUAAGGGACACUGACCUCUAAGGCCACCGGAAUAGGGAACCUCCCUCAUUCAUGCCUCCUGGGGAUUGCUCCAAGGCCCUUGGGGGGUGGGGGAGGUUAAACUUGAGGAGGGAACAGUGGGGCAGGAUGGCCAACUCCCGAGUGUUGGGACGGUCUUUUAAAGAAGCAGCAUUAGAUUAGUCCUGUUGGCUGACAUAGGAACAUCGGAGAGUCAGCUAAGUGAUCAGUGAGCACCUACAGUGUGCCAAGCACAGCCCUUGGCACUAGAGACACAAGUCUAUGUGAAAGGAGCUUAUGUUUUUUGUGGCCAAAAAGAAUCCCCAGCAGUUGGGACUCCCAGAGUGGAAUGGCUUGCUUCGGAAAGUGGUGAGUCCCCCAUGGCUGGAGGUGUUCAAGGAAAGGCUGGGUGGCCUCGCUGGGCAUGGCCUAGAGGCUGGUCCUAAAGGUGCAGGAGUCGGGAUUGGGGGGGCAGCCUCUGAAGGUUCCCCCCCCCCCCCAGGUCUGUGUUUGAUGGUGGUGGUGGCUGAGGGUCUCCCCAUGGCUAGGAGGAAGCAUGGAGCAAAAAAAAAAAGAUGCAGCUUGAACUCAAGGAGAAUUUUGAGCAUCCGCUGUGUGCCCAGCAUGCUGCUAGGUCUUGGAAGGUACUUUGUGCCAUCGUGGUGCUCACAUCCUAGUCAGGGAGGAAAUGAAGUCAGGGAGGAAAUGACUUGUGUGCAGAUAAGAAAAUACAAAAUGUGGCCACCAGAAUUUGGGGAUGGGAAGGAAGCACUAAUAAUUAGGGAGAUCAGGAGAGGCCUCUUGGAGGAGGUGCCACCUGAGCCAAACUUAAUGGGAGCUAGGGGUACCAGGAAUGGAGGUGAGGAGAGAGAGCAUGCCCCAGGCAAAGACAUGGAGGUGGGAGAUGGGGUACUGGGUACUGAGAACAGCAGGAAAGGCAGCUUCACUGGAAUGGCAAGAGCAAGGGGGAAUAGGGAGUGGCCUUCACCUGGGCUCUGUAAACUUGGGAAGAGAAAGAUUUCCAAAAGCUUGGCAGUUGUAGUGGCUUUGUGCAUGUUGCGUUGUGAAGUUAUAUUUUUAAAUAUAUUUAUAUUUUAUUAACUAUCCCAAAUACAUUUUUGAAAUUUUU